UCCGGGAGCGGUAGUUCUGUCUCCAGUGGAUCUUCUUCUGUUGUCGGCGCAGCUUCUAUCAGCGGGACUCCCACUUCCCCAAGAACUGGAACAGUCAACGGAGGUAGUAUUAGUGCUGCCGAUGGUUCCUUGGGAAUCACAUACUCUCCAUACACAAAGUCAGAUGCUUGCAAGUCAGCCCUGGAAGUCGCUUCAGACAUUGCUAAGUUAUCCAACUUCAAAAUCAUCAGAUUAUAUUCCACUGACUGUUCUGGAAUUGAGAACGUCUUGGCUGCUAUCAACAGCAACCAACAGGUUUUCUUAGGAAUCUGGGGUAUUGACUCCGGUUCUGUUACCAGCGGAUUGCAAGACAUUACCACAGCUGUUGAGGGCUCUUCUCGUGGAUGGGGUGCUGUUCAUACCAUUGCUAUUGGUAACGAAAGAGUCAACGAUGGAGCAGCUACUCCUUCCGAUAUCCAAAGUGCUAUCAACACUGCCAAAUCAUGGCUCAAAAGCAAUGGUUCCGGAUACACAGGUCCAAUUGUUUCCGUGGACACAUUGGUAGCUGUUGUCAGCAACCCAUCAUUGUGUAGCUAUUCUGACUACAUUGCUGUCAACUCUCACCCAUACUGGGACGGAGGAGUUCAACCAAGCAACUCUGGACCUUGGUUGGUAGACCAAAUCAACAACUUGAAGAGUGUUUGCGGUUCUAGCAAACCCAUCAUGAUCACUGAAACAGGGUGGCCCACCAAAGGAGAUACAAAUGGUGUUUGCGUACCUUCAGUGGCUAACCAAGAAGCAGCUUUACAGAGUAUUGUGCUGACUUUGGGAAACCAGGUGAUUGCCUUCACAAUGUACAAUGACUACUGGAAAUCGCCAGGGUCUAUGGGUGUUGAGCAAUACUGGGGUAUUUUCGGUGACCCCAGUGAAUAG